GUUUAUUCAUAUGUCAAGCAUGUUAAUGCUAAAUAUGUUUCUACAAAAACUUACCAACUGCUAUUCUCUUCUUUGGCUUCCAUUACUGCUGAUUAUACUAAGCAAUGUUUCAGUUAAUGGUGUUGAACAAAAGAAUUUUUACAUUGUUUUCUUAGGAGCACAUCCUGUUAGUAGAGAAGGAGCAAUAGAGAAUCAUUUAAAUAUUCUCUCAGCUGUUAAACAAAGCCAUCUUGAAGCCAAAGAAUCCAUAGUAUACAGCUACACAAAGAGCUUUAAUGCAUUUGCUGCUAAACUGUCCGAAGAUGAAGUCAACAAGUUAUCUGGCAUGAAUGAAGUGCUCUCAGUAUUACCGAAUCAGUACCGCAAGCUACACACAACAAGAUCAUGGGAUUUCAUUGGAUUGCCUUUGACAGCUAAGAGAAAACUGAAAUCAGAGGGCGACACAAUUGUGGCUCUUUUGGAUACAGGUAUAACUCCCGAGUUUCAAAGCUUCAAGGAUGACGGAUUUGGUCCUCCACCUGCUAAAUGGAAAGGAACUUGUGACAAAUAUGUUAAUUUCUCAGGCUGCAAUAACAAGAUCAUUGGAGCCAGAUACUUCAAACUUGAUGGAAGGUCUGAUCCAUCUGAUAUAUUAUCUCCCAUAGAUGUGGAAGGGCAUGGAACUCAUACUGCAUCAACAGCAGCUGGAAAUCUUGUCCCGAACGCAAGUCUCUUCGGAUUAGCCAAUGGUACGGCUCGUGGAGCGGUGCCUUCAGCUAGGUUGGCAAUUUACAAAGUCUGCUGGACAGAAGAUGGAUGUGCUGAUAUGGACAUACUUGCUGCAUUUGAGGCUGCUAUACAUGACGGCGUGGAUGUCAUAUCAGUUUCGUUAGGUGGAGGAAAUGCAAACUAUGCGCAGGACUGUAUAGCAAUUGGUGCAUUUCAUGCCAUGAGGAAAGGCAUAAUCACAGUUGCUUCUGCUGGAAAUGGUGGUCCAACUAUGGCGACUGUCGUAAAUAAUGCGCCAUGGAUAGUCACAGUAGCUGCUAGUGGCAUUGAUAGGGACUUUCAGAGCAUUGUAGAGUUGGGGAGUAGAAAAAUUGUUUCCGGAGAAGGAGUAAGCACUUUCAGUCCAAAACAAAAACAAUAUUCCCUUGUUAACGGAAUGGAUGCAGCGCGAAACUCUUCAAGAAAGGAAGACGCUAAGUUCUGCGAUGACGACUCCUUAGAGCCAAAAAAGGUAAAAGGAAAGAUUGUUUACUGUAAAUUUAGAACAUGGGGCACCGAUGCUGUUGUGAAAGCAAUAGGAGGCAUAGGUACUAUAGUUGAAAAUGAUCAAUUUCUUGAUGUUGCUCAAAUAUUCAGUGCUCCUGCUACCUAUGUGAAUGAAAGCACAGGUCAAAUUAUUACUAAUUAUAUACAAUCUACAAGAUCACCAUCAGCAGUGAUACAUAAGAGCCACGAAGUGAAAAUACCAGCUCCAUUUGUUGCUUCUUUUUCAUCAAGGGGUCCAAAUCCAGGAUCUCAGCAUGUUCUCAAGCCUGAUGUAACAGCUCCCGGCAUUAACAUCUUGGCAUCAUAUACACUUAGGACAUCAAUUACUGGUUUUGAAGGGGACACUCAAUUUUCAGAAUUUACACUAAUGUCCGGUACUUCCAUGUCAUGCCCUCAUGUUUCCGGAGUAGCAGCGUAUGUGAAAUCAUUUCACCCGGAUUGGACUCCUGCUGCAAUCAGAUCAGCUAUAAUUACCACAGCUAAACCUAUGAGCCAAAAAUUUAACAAGGAGGCAGAGUUUGCUUUUGGUGCCGGUCAAGUUAACCCAACAAGAGCUGUGAAUCCUGGUUUAGUCUACGACAUGGAUGACUUCGCUUAUAUCCAGUUCUUAUGCCACGAGGGAUAUAAUGGUUCCACUUUAUCAGUACUAAUUGGUUCUCCAAUAAAUUGCACUUCUUUGCUUCCUGGGAUUGGCCAUGACGCUAUUAACUAUCCUAGCAUGCAAUUAAGUGUGAAAAGCAACACAGAUAGAACAAUAGGAGUUUUCAGGAGACGAGUUACCAAUGUAGGUCCUGGACCAACCAUCUAUAAUGCCACCAUCAAAUCUCCGAAAGGAGUUGAAAUCACAGUAAGGCCUAAUAGUCUCAUUUUCUCGCAUUCCUUGCAAAAGAGGAGCUUCAAGGUAGUGGUGAAAGCAAAAUCUAUGGCAAGCAUGCAAAUUGUAUCAGGUUCGAUGAUUUGGAGAAGCCCUCGUUAUAUUGUUAGAAGCCCUAUUGUUAUCUACAGUCCAUGAAGUUACAUUUAGCAGUUGCCAAAAUCAAACUUGUAGCAUUUCCUGCUAA